AACCAGUAACCACCAACCUGUAGGCUGUUAUCCCACUCAAACUUUUGACUAUAAUGCCCAAACCGGGCACUCGUCACGUGAAGACUUUGGCACAAGGGUUAGGUUUACAGUUCACCACAUACGAUACCGGACAGCCAACCACACCCCUGAUUCUACCACUGCCUCCCCCACCAAACGAACAAACCUCACACCCUCCAACAAAAUGGCAAACAUCUCCGCUCGUGUUUCUAUACGCUGGCUUCCCGCUCCAGCUUCGGAACCAACAAGUACACUGGUAACCACCGCCCCAAACCUGCAAUUCGUUGACCUCCGUCCCCCCGCCUCACUCCACAACUCAACACCCCCACAAUGGGCCAUCGCCGGGAGAACGGUUGUCGGAACUCCGAUGCGGUGGGUACACGAGAUUGAUUCUCGAACGGAUACCCCCGGGGAAGACUCCGGGGUGAAUACCCCGCUGCCGAACGGGGACAUACUGGAGAAGGGAAGAAUGGUGGACGACGAGGAUGACCAGGUCAAGGACUAUGAGGAGGUCUGGCGAAAUGUGGAUAUUGACGAGGGGGUCGCAUUAGUGCUUGAGUGUGAUGAUGAAGGCGCUAAAGGGCGGGUCGUUAGGGUUGGGGGGUAUUGUCAGGGAAUGAUUAAGGUUGGUGAGAGGACGAGUUGCGAGAGGCACGUUAGAGAUAGGGGCAAUGGGAAAUGGGGGAGGGUUUAUCGAUAUGGGGAUGUGGAGAUGCCGUGUGAUCUUGCAUGCUUGGAUUGUGGUUUGCUAGAGGGAAGUGGUGAGGUUCAGGUAUUCGGUGAGGAUGGUGGCAGGGUUACGCUUGAGAAGGGAUUAAAUGUUGGAGAUACCUUUAAGAUCAAUGGCUACACUUGGAAGGUGACAGAGAAGAGCAUUUGGUAGUGUGGGCUGGAAUCAUAAUAUAAAGUUGUGCGAUUAAUUAGGCUAGAGGUUAAAC